ACAAAGCGAAAACAAAAACAAGAUUAUUUUUCAUAAACAACACGUUUCUCCUCCAUUUGGGAGAUAAAAAUUCUAGUUUAAAAAACAAUUCUUUUGAUUAUUGGUAAAAUUAUAAAAGUUUAAAUAUGUUCAAGCACCUCAAGACGGUCCAUAACUUUAUUUCACACUUAAAAAUUUCAACUCGGCCAGCCCAUAAAAACGUAAAUGUCAAUCCGAUAAAAAAGAUUCUCAUAGCCAAUCGCGGCGAAAUCGCUUGCCGAGUGAUAAGAACAGCCAAACGACUUGGCAUUCGAUCUGUUGCUGUAUAUUCCGAUGCUGAUAAGAACUCAUUGCACACCCUUAUGGCCGAUGAGGCCUAUCGUGUUGGGCCGGCCGCAUCUUCUGAAUCAUAUUUGAAGAGUUCUGUGAUUCUGGACAUUGCCAAGCAGACCAAAUGCCAAGGAAUCCAUCCGGGCUAUGGAUUUCUUUCGGAGAACUAUGAGUUCUCUGAACAGUGUCAACGUGAGGGAGUUAUAUUUAUUGGUCCACCAGGAUCGGCAAUUCGUGAUAUGGGCAUCAAAAGUACCUCCAAGUCAAUAAUGGCAGCUGCAGGAGUACCAAUUAUCAAUGGUUAUCAUGGAGAGGAUCAAAGUGAUGAGAAACUAAUCGCGGAAGCAGACAAAAUUGGUUUUCCCUUGAUGAUUAAAGCAAUUCGCGGAGGAGGUGGUAAAGGAAUGAGAAUUGCCGAGAGCAAAGAAAAAUUCCUAGAAGCACUCAAUUCAGCCAGGACAGAAUCUGAGAAAUCCUUUGGAGAUAGUUCGGUUCUUUUAGAACGCUAUGUCCGUUCACCACGUCAUGUUGAGGUUCAGGUCUUUGCCGAUCAGUAUGGUGACGCGGUCUACCUCUUUGAGCGAGACUGUUCCGUCCAAAGGAGACAUCAGAAAAUCAUCGAAGAAGCCCCAGCGCCUGGCUUAUCUGAAGAACUCAGACGAAACCUUGGUGAAGCUGGUGUACGAGCUGCCAAAGCCGUGGGUUACGUUGGAGCCGGAACUGUUGAGUUUAUCCUGGACAAAGUUGACCAUUCGUUUCAUUUUAUGGAAAUGAAUACUCGCUUGCAGGUGGAACACCCCAUCACUGAAAUGAUAACCAAAACAGAUUUGGUUGAAUGGCAAAUUCGGAUAGCUUCCGGUGAACCACUUCCACUAACUCAAGAACAAAUCGUCAGGAAUGGUCAUGCGUUUGAGGCCAGAAUCUAUGCCGAAAAUCCGAGAAAUGGCUUCCUCCCUGGAGCCGGAGUUCUCCGACACCUAUCAACACCAAAACCCGAAGAGAAUGUUCGCAUUGAAACUGGGGUGAGACAGGGUGAUGAAGUUUCCGUCCACUAUGAUCCGAUGAUAGCUAAACUAGUUGUGUGGGGAAAAGAUCGGACACAUGCUCUCGACUUGCUCAUAGCUAAGUUAGGAGAGUACCAAAUUGCGGGUCUAGACACGAAUGUUAACUUCUUGAUUGACCUCGCCUCCCAUGCCCAAUUCAGAGCUGGUGACGUUCAUACGGGCUUUAUUGAUGAACACUUCAAUUCUUUGUUCCCUCCAAUCGAAGUCACUGAAGAAUUGGCUAUCAAAGCAGCAGCAACUCUAUUCUUGAAUGAAGAUAACGCUAUCAGAAAAAAUUCCAUUUUGGAAUCUGAGACAAAGAGUGAUCCUUUCUUAAGCGCCAAGCGCUUCCGGGUGAACCAUGACUUCGUCAGAGAGUACUUCUUAGAAUUGAAUGGCAAUAUGUUCAAGGUGGAACUUAAGAGCAAUUCCGACGAAUACCAAAUGCGAAUGAAUGGAGGAGCUUGGAGGAAAGUCAACGUCUUGCUUGUAUAUUGUGGCAAAAAGUGCACCAUUCAACUGGACAUUGACGACAACAUCUCGAUAUUUAGUGCAGCCCUUUACAAUGGUAAUUUGGAUGUUUUUGUUGACAAAGGGAGAUUCAGCUUCAAUAUAAGACAACCAAAAUUCUUGACAUCAAAUGAGGAACUUAGUGGUGGAGGAAGUGAAAAUUCGGUAGCAUCACCAAUGCCCGGAGUGCUUGAGAAGCUUUUGGUGGAACCUGGUGAUUUUGUAAAGAAAGGCGACAAUUUGGCGAUAAUAAUUGCUAUGAAGAUGGAACAUGUACUGAAAGCACCAAGGGAUGGUGUUGUUAAGAGCGUUAGUGCUAAACAAGGUGAUAAUGUCUUAAAAGGCAAACCAAUCAUAAAAUUGGAUUUGGAUGAAUAAUCUCAAAAAAGGACAAAAAGACACAAUUUAAUUCCCCAACGAACGAAAAUGUUGGCCAAAUUUGCAUUUAUUUUUCUAUAUACACGUUGUUAAAUUUUUAUAUAUGUGGGUUGUUUAGUUUUUAAGAAAUUUUUAUAUAUGUAUACUCUACCGGCCGUAGGCUUUUUUUUAUUUUAAAAAUACAAAUUUUACAAAUGGACGAAGAAUACAUGGAAACGUA